AUGUCUCUGCCUCCCCAGGUUAAGUCCAAGGCCCAGAAGGCCCUUGCCGCUCAGGCCGGUUCCAAGGCCGGCAAGAAGAAGAAGUGGUCGAAGGGCAAGGUGAAGGACAAGGCCAACAACGCCGUCGUCCUCGACAAGCAGACCUACGACCGUAUCCUCAAGGAGGUCCCGACCUACAAGCUCAUCUCGCAGUCGGUCCUCAUUGACCGCAUGAAGGUCAACGGCUCGCUCGCUCGCCGUGCCAUCGCUUUCCUCGAGAAGGAGGGCCUCAUCAAGCGCGUCGUCCACCACAACGCCCAGCUUAUCUACACCCGCGCCAUUGUCGCCAAGGAGUAG